AUGAAGACUUCACUCUUUUCAGUGGCGACCGUCUUUGCCUCUGGUGCAGUUGCUGUGGCCCUUCCAGAACCUAGGCCUGAGCCUACGGCGGCUCCAUCUCCAGUUGCAGUUGAAGCUUCCACUACGACGGCUGCAGUUGAAGGCAACCCUUUCGCUGGCUACGAGCUCUACGUCAACCCAUACUACUCAUCGGAAGUGCAUUCUAUCGCUAUUCCUUCCCUGCAAACCGGCGGAAAGACAGCACUGAUCCCGAAGGCAUCUGCGGCGGCGAAAGUACCGUCUUUCGUUUGGCUUGACACACAGGAGAAGGUAUCUUCGGUCAAAGGAUAUGCCGAAGAAAUACAAAAACAGAACGCUGCUGGCCAAAAGGUGGCCUUUCCAUUGGUGGUCUACAAUCUUCCAGAUCGUGAUUGUGCGGCCCUCGCUUCCAACGGAGAGCUGGCUAUCGCGGAUGACGGAGUGGAGAAGUACAAGGCUUACAUUGACUCUAUCGUCACCGAAGUCAAGGCAUUCUCUGAUUUGAGGUUCAUCCUGAUCAUCGAACCGGAUAGCUUGGCCAACUUAAUUACAAACCUGGGAACCUCCAAAUGCGCCGGCGCGGCCGACGCCUACAAGGAGGGUAUCAACUACGCGAUCAAGAACCUCGCACUCCCAAACGUCUCCAUGUACCUUGACGCUGCACAUGGCGGAUGGCUUGGAUGGCCAGCGAAUCUCUCUCCGGCCGCGCAGCUAUUCGCCCAGGUAUACAAAGACGCGGGAAGCCCACCACAGCUCCGUGGGUUGGUUACAAAUGUUGCGAAUUAUAACGCGUUCUCCAUUGCCCAAUGUCCUUCAUACACUCAAGGUAACGAGAACUGCGAUGAGAAGAAGUACAUCAACAGCUUCGCUCCAGUACUUAAGGAGAAUGGCUUCCCCGCGCAAUUCAUCGUCGAUACUGGCCGCAACGGAAAACAACCGACCGGACAACAGAUUUGGGGCGAUUGGUGCAACAUUAAAGAUACCGGCUUCGGCGCCCGCCCUACUGCUGAGACCGGCGAUCCACUUGUCGAUGCCUUCGUCUGGGUCAAACCCGGCGGGGAGAGCGAUGGCACAUCGGAUAGCUCUGCUACCCGCUUCGAUGGAAAAUGUGCAUCCGGGUCGUCGCUGACGCCGGCACCAGAGGCAGGGAAUUGGUUCCAAGCCUAUUUUGAACAGCUGUUGACGAACGCUAACCCUCCCUUGUAA